AUGCACCAGCCUUCGUGGAGUAAGGACAGUGACGUGCUUCUGCAAAAGACAGAGACAUCGCGCAGUCAAGACGAGCCAGAGCAGGGCUACUUUGCGAUAGCGCUGCUAGAAAAGGUCUGUAAUGCUUUGCAUGAGAUUCUAAAUUCGUUGCACCUGCGCGGCAUUGAUAGCGGCGUAGUCGUGGUGGCUGCUGUAACGAUGGCAAGGACGUCCGAAGCGCCGCCGGCAGCCGUCAGGGGCGGUCCGCAUCUGACGGUCAGCUGGAGGCGUCCCGGCUCCAAAAGGUGGCAGCCUUUCGAGGAUAAGGUCGGGCGCGCCAUUCUCGCGGCCGGCGCCUCGGGAGAGGCGACCUUCCAGCUGGAGGAGACUGUGCGGAGGUCGCCGCGAUUCAGUUCAGAGCAGUGGAAAAAGAAGCGCGCGCGCGCCUCUCGCAGAUCCUUGAAGGAGGCUAAGCAGGAUGAUCUUGUGGUGACGCUCAAGAACAUCGGCGACGGGUCCCCAGCGUCGAACUCUGGACCUGCCAUUCGCUGGGGCUUCUCUUCGACGUGCACAUUCGACCGGCUGCCCAACACUGCGCGCGCGCUCGCGGCCAUGAUCGCAGAGUGCGAGGCGGCAACGAAGCGACAGAUUAUCUCGGAGCUUCUAAACUUCCUGACGUCCGAAGAGCGCAUCAAUGAAUUCCUUUCCAAGAUAGACAUCGGCUGUCAGCCCGUUCACUACUAUUCACCGGGACUCGUAGCGAAAUGCGGCACGCUUCGCGUCUCGCGGGUCGCUGUAAACGAGCGCGCGCGGCCGGGAGGCGCGCUGUACGAGAGGUUUCUGACCACAAUGGUGGGACACGUGGCAGACCUGGGAGGUGCGCUCCAAUCGCUGAUGGGCUCCGCGACUCAAAGCAUCGCUCCGCUCACCUUCGCCUUCCACGGCACUCCACCCCCCAACGUUCCGUCCAUCUUGGAGAGCGGAAUGCUGCCGGAAAAGAGGGUAGCGGCGGGGGACUGGUUCGGGACGUUGCCGUUUGUAAGCGUGAAUUACUGUCAAAAAGAGUACGGGAAGGGUAUCUUUGGGGGGCCUCCAUUCCGGGUGAUCCUUUUCCUAAUUCUUUCGAUUCGGAAGGCCUUAUUAUACGAUUACAACAGCGAUGCGGGGGUCAUAGUGGUCUCCAACCCGCACUACGAGCUUCCGGUCUGCACGGUAGAUUUGGAGAAGAACUGA